AGGAAUGUAGUAUACGAGUAUGUUUUGACGAAAAGUAGUGCACGUUUGACGAGAAGGGAUAUCUACGCGAGUCGGAAGUGACGUUUUGGGGAAUCACCGGUCUGCAGUGGAUUGACGAAAUCGACAAGUUUAGCAGAUCCAUCAGCAUACGAAAAGACAAUGCGGCUGACCGUUAAAGUACUGAACGGAGACGAGUGUACCAUUGCCGCAUCGCCCAGCAGCUAUGUUACGGACAUCAAACAACAGGUGGCAGCCCUCAUGUCUAUUCCCAUCGCUAACCAGAAGCUGCUGUACAAGGGGAAACCUAUGACAGACAACAAACAACUGAGUGAGUACAAUAUAGAAGAUGGCAGCAAGCUGACUGUGGUUUCACGUCCUGGCUCGGCCAGCUCAGCUGACAGUGUUUCAAAGACAGUGAGUUCAGACACAGAUGUAAGCGCCCCUGUCUGGACCAAACUGCAGACAUUCCUACGCAGACAUUAUACAGAGAAGGAUGCAGACUUAGUACUUGCAGAAUUUAGAAAGGAUUUCAACAAAGGCCUGGCCAGCAUGAGUUUAGAUGACAUAGAGAGACUAGCAGCCUCUAAAAUCCGGGGCACGGGAGAAAGAUAGUAGUGUUUGUGUGAGAGGAAGACGAACAGACUCGACCUUCAACCUACAGUUGUGAUAAUGUCGAUGCCUAAUCAUUUGAUUGAACGCAAAACAAGAACAGCUUGAAGAUAAUAUAUCUGUUACCAUGGUUACCAACAACAUGAAGUGAAAUCCGUGUGUUUCACAAGGAAGUCAUAAGGAUUAAAUAAUUAGAGUACAA